GCGUCUAUAUAUAUAUGAUGUGCAAAUACUUUUCAGCGACUAAGCAGGAAGUCAAAAUAUCACCUCAUUAUAACCUCAGCAGAUCAAUUCAAGACUUACUUAUGGUUAGAUAUAUUUCUUGCACGUUUAGUAGAGCCUAGUUGCUACUUGCAUUGCCUAUCAUUAUCAUAACAUUGUCAUUGUCACGGCUCUCAGCCUCUGUCGACUCCAAUUUUAUAAAGAUUCAAUUACCCCAUCUUUGAAAACAAAUUUUAAUUUAGAAAAUCCUUUUGUGUGCUCUUGAAUUUAUAUCUAUCGUAUCCUCCUCCUACUCCUCCUCCUCCUCUUUAUACGGUACUACCUUGGUUGGAUACCUCUCAAGCAUACUCCAUAUAUACGCCUCGUUAUAUACCUAGCACACACCUCUCCUAAAAAUACCACCUACAUACAUCAUCAUUCGACAAACUUCAUUUGAGUACUUCGUACAAUAUCAAUACUCGAGGUAGAAAUAUAUUAUCGAAGUUCACCCAAAGUCUUUUUCCGGGUCCUCGACAUUGCCGCCCCAUUUAUUUUUAAAAAAGAAUUUCCAGCUAUCCUUUUUUUUUUCUUGGUCUCCCCCGCGUUGGCCGCCAAUUACAUAUCGAGGUUUCGCCUUUUGCGAAAGGACAUAAACUUGAAACGAUCUUGACGUAUCCCCAGAUAGACAAACUUGCAUAUCUUUUAUUCCAAUAUUACAAGAAGUUUCACACGUAUACACAUACACACACACAUACAUACAUACCGAUUACUUAAAUUUACUUGACUCUCCUGCCAAUUUUAUUAUAUAAAGCUUGCAUGGAAUUAGAGUAUUCGAACGUCGCGAACCAUUGAACUAUCCCUAUCCUUUCAUAUCUCCUCAACGCAUCGACCUAGCUGUCUACCCUACCUCGUCUAUUCAAAAGUACCAGGGACGAGGACCCACAGAAGCACUUUAUAUCCUAGACGAAUAAGGAUAUUUCGUGCCGAAUAAUAAAGACGUUUGAUUCGUUUUAAUAAUUUAGUCCCUUUAUUUUCCCGAAUUCAACAUGCCUCUUAUGAAGAACUUGUUCCCAUCUAGGGAAUUGGAAAUCGAAAGACCAAAUUCAAGAGCUUCACAACCCUCGAAUUUCGCAACUUUCGAAUACGACGACGAUUCCAAUCUUGAAAGCGAAAUGGAAGCUACACUGAUGAGUAGGCCAAGGCCAAAGAAGAAGCCUAGCAUGCCUAAAGUACCUACUAUACCCCAAAGAAACAGCAAAAGAACUUCCAAGAUGAUGAACAAUGUUGUGUCGGAAUUGAAGUGUCUGGAUGGGUUUGAAGCUACCAAAGAAGUGGUGGAAGAAAAAGAACCCGAAACUUCAGAUCCUCAUGAAUUAUACCUUUCGAGCGAAGAAGAUGCUUCACUGUCAGACACAGACUCGCUGGUCGAUUUCGAAGCUACUCCUCCUUCUGAUUAUGAUGCUUCUCGAAGUUCCUCCCGUGCGUCUGCUCAAGUUACUGCGAGAGUAGUCUCCUUUACUCUUGUGUCAAGGCCACGAGUCAUAGAAAUCCCCCGUCCUUCAAGCUUUCACUCGAAUCCUACGUCUCGUAAUAUUUCCCCUGUGGCCGACUAUCAAAUUCGUCAUUCAGUCGCAGAUAUCGCAUCGUUAGCACCACUCCCUUCGCCACACCCACCACGCCGAAGCUCUAGACAAAACUCGCCAUUACGAAACUCCGCCCGUCGCCUCUCCAUCUCCUCUCUUGGUUCCCUUUCCAAGCUCAACACGAAUCAUCCCAAUGCCUCCAGCGCAACCCUUUCACAACAACCCUCCAAACUCAAUUCCAGCACUACCUUCCUGCAACCUACCUCUGCCGCCUCGAAUUCCUCUCCACAGCACGCUUUCCUCUCGUCCGAUCCAUUCCCCUCACCCAUACCUUCUCCACAAACCGAAGCCCUUCCAGUCCUCCCCGAACCAGAACAAAGCUUCCAAGCUCGUCGCCCAAAAUCAAUGCAUCACGAACGGCCCAAAACACCCAACAGUCUCAUGGAAGGGCUCCAAGGGCUCACUCGCUCCUUCACCAAGAAGCGACCCAGUAUGCCGAAACUAAAUUUGUCAUACACUGCUAGUUCCGUGCCACCCGCUCACAGCAAUACUUCAAAAUCAUCCUUAACCCACAGCAAUGCGUCUAAGACAAGCUUGCUCACAGUUGAAGAGCGGACACCUAGGGAUAGCAAAUUCGGCAAUAUGAAAAGAUCCUCCACAGCACCUUUAUAUGUGCACGAAGAAAAAGAAAAGACAAGGAAGGCACGGGAAACACAAUCGGCAAUCGACGAGAGGGCACCUGUAAGAUACGAAGAUAUCAUGAAGAAUGCCAUCCGCGAAGCCCCGCCCAAAACUCCAAGUACUCCACAAAGUACAAGUAGUCCAGGCUUAAAGGGCUGGAUGGGCAUGGGAAUGGGAAACAGGAGGAAGAGUGUCAAGAAAUAGACACUCAAAUCUCUCCAAUCGACUACAUUUUUUUUUGUUAUUUUUUUUUGUCCUUUCGACACCAUGAUACGCUCCACUAUACGAUACGAUCUUCACAUUCGUACACUCGUUCGCCCAUAACAAUAAAUUGGACGAUCUCUCUUUUUUUUUUGGCAACCGGAGUUAUUAGGAUGGGAUUACCGGUACAACACAAUGACCGCUACGGAGGCUAUCUAACUAUUUUGCUAUUUGUUUUUUAUUUGUUUUCCGCAAGGCGUUCAAGGUUGGGAUUUUGGGAGGGGAUACCUUUGCUUCUUACUACUUGACUAUCUCUGCCAGCGCGCAUUGCAUAUGUUUACAAUAUCUCGUUCCUGUUUAUUUUAUUACAGUUGAUCGAUUGAUCUUUUUUGGAUGGAUUCUGGUGUUGGGGAGGCAAAAUCCUAGAUGGAAGGAAAUGUGUAAUUUUUACUCGGGUUGGAUAGAGUCCAAGAGACUUUGGGAAGGAAGGAAGGAGGGAGGGAGGGAACGAAGGAAGGGAAGAAGGAAGCAGAGAGACGCAUGAGUUGAGAUGAGAUGAGCUGAGAUGAGAUGAAAUGGGAUUAGCAUAGCACAAGCAUAGCAUAGCAAAGGAGUAGCAUGACAAUUUACAACUGCCAUUCAUUCAUCGAAUUGAGCAGGUUUUUUCUUCGCACA